AUGUCCGAGAUGAUGAACACGGGGGUGUGGUGGGACAUGGACACCUGUCCCUUUCCCAAAGGGUUUGAUCGUUAUCAGGUCCGUCAGAGCAUAGAAUCGGCGUUGGAAAACCACCUUCCUUUGACCAGCUCUGCCAUUGGUGACGUUCCUUUCACCAUGUCUGCCAUUGGUGACCUAAGUCGCAUCCCUGAAGCCGACUUGGAAGCGAUCUUAUCCACUGGUUUCUUUACGAAACACGUCACAGACGGUUCUUCGACUAGUGUACUUAUGAGGGAUAUGUAUGCGUGGGCACAGAAUCAUCCACCACCGGCUAGGGUAAUUCUUAUAUCCGAUCAUGAAGACGACGAUUUUGUUGAAAGUCGGUUCUUCGAAUCGUUAAUAGCCGCCGAGUACGAGAUUAUCCGUGCAUAUAGAAAACUUCCGCUCGUUUCGCCCAAUUACGCGUCUAGCACGUUGACAUGGGAUGACUCAUUGUUGUCAAGUGUUUUUUCAUCUCUCGCAUUGAAAUAA